CUUCUCUUUCUCUCUGAAACUCUCUACGUGUCUCUGUGUCGCAUGGCGUCACUCUGCUCUGCUUCACUCACGGACCCACCAGUCCCAUUCCCAAAAUAGAGAGCCCCUCAAGCCCAUCGGCGCAUUCACAGGUUUACCACCAGGCGCCCCAAGAUGGCACCUUGUUGUAUAAGCAGCUGCGGAAGCAAGCUGGGCAGAGUUGGAAGAGUGAUGACUAUGGGUUUGUCCACCCAAACCGGUCCCCUGAGACCGUCUUGCCCCUCCCAUUCCUUUUUUUCCCAGUCUUGUUCCCGUCUUUCUUCUCUUUCCUUUUCUUGGUCCCUCUUGGCUUCCUCUAAAGCCCUGCACAGACGAGGAGGGUGCACAAUCCAUAAUAACAAGAACUACCAGACGAUGUCUCAUGGUUGGAGGCUUGUGUGUCUUUCAAAUUCAGCUAAGAUGGUAUUUUACUCCAGAGAUCAGGAUAAUUCUAAUGGAAGUAUCUUAAAAAAUCCAAUUAUUGACCCUCGAAAUGUAGAUAAAGAAGGGGAAAAGGUUUCAAGAAAUUCUAGUGCACCUCCAGUUCAGGAGUUUCAGGGUAGUAAUCCUGAAAGACCUAGUGCUUUUGUGACUGUUGAUGAAAGUACUGAGCCUUGUGUCUUUAGGGAACGGAAAGAACAGAGUAAAGGCAGACAAGUAUCAGGGAAGCUGUGAAAAAUGGUAGUAAUCCACCACAUAGAACGAGUAGUUGUGCAAGCAUGUUUUCUACAAAUGUUGGAUGGCAUGUUUUGGCUCCUAUUCAUCAUGCUGCAUCUGUUUCAGCUUCAAAGCUGGCUUCUGCUAUUCCUUCUGUCCCAGCUUCCGCUGAACUAAAAUGUGGAGGAGACAAAAAUAUAGCUGUGAAAGAUGUGAAUGGUGGGCGAGGUCUAUGUUCAACAGACGACG